AAGCAGCCGGUAAGGAUGGAUGUGGUUGACAGCCUUCUUGUGAAUGGAAGCGACUUCUCUCCUCCCUGCGAACUGGGGCUUGACAAUGAGACGCUUUUCUGCUUGGAGCAGCCCCAGCCCCCCAAGGAGUGGCAACCUGCUGUGCAGAUCUUCCUGUACUCCUUGAUCUUUCUGCUCAGUGUCCUGGGUAACACGCUGGUCAUCACGGUUCUGAUUCGAAACAAGAGGAUGAGGACUGUCACCAACAUCUUCUUGCUCUCCCUGGCGGUCAGCGACCUCAUGCUCUGCCUCUUCUGCAUGCCUUUCAACCUCAUCCCCAACCUGCUCAAGGAUUUCAUCUUCGGGAGCGCCGUGUGCAAGACUACCACCUACUUCAUGGGCACCUCUGUGAGCGUCUCCACCUUUAACCUGGUCGCCAUAUCCCUGGAGAGGUAUGGUGCCAUCUGCAAACCCCUACAGUCCCGGGUCUGGCAGACAAAGUCUCAUGCCUUGAAGGUGAUCGCUGCUACCUGGUGUUUCUCUUUCACCAUCAUGACUCCAUAUCCCAUUUACAGCAACUUGGUGCCUUUCACCAAAAACAACAAUCAAACUGCCAAUAUGUGCCGCUUUCUCCUGCCCAGCGAUGGCAUGCAACAAAUUUGGCACACGUUCCUGUUACUCAUUCUCUUUCUUAUUCCUGGAAUUGUGAUGAUGGUGGCAUAUGGAUUAAUCUCUCUGGAACUUUACCAAGGCAUAAAAUUUGAUGCUAGACAGAAGAAGUCUGCCAGAGAAAGGAAGCCCAGCCCGGGGUGCCCCCGCAGGUACGAGGAGAGCGACGGCUGCUACCUGCAGAGGCCCAGGCCAGCGCGCAAGGUGGAACUGCGGCCUCUGCCUGGCAGCCCUGGGGCCCGGAGCCCCCGCAUCCGCAGCAGCAGCUCUGCGGCCAACCUGAUGGCCAAGAAGAGGGUGAUCCGAAUGCUCAUUGUCAUAGUGCUCCUCUUCUUCCUCUGCUGGAUGCCCAUCUUCAGUGCCAACGCCUGGCGCGCCUACGACACGGCCUCUGCUGAGCGCCGCCUCUCGGGUACCCCCAUCUCCUUCAUCCUGCUGCUCUCCUACACUUCCUCUUGCGUCAACCCCAUCAUCUACUGCUUCAUGAACAAGCGCUUCCGACUGGGCUUCCUGGCCACCUUCCCAUGCUGCCCCAAGCCUGGGCCCCCAGGGGCACGCGGGGAGGCAGGGGAGGAGGAGGAUGGCAGGACCACUGGGGCCUCCUUGUCUAGGUAUUCCUACAGCCACAUGAGCGCCCCCUGAACUGGCAGGGGGGCCUGGGGCAGGGGCCUGGAGCAAGACAGGGAGGGGUGACACAGGGAGGCACCAGAGAGGAGGGAAAUACCCACAGGAGAAAGGCUGUGGGGUUCCAGGAGAACCCCAUUAGGAUAGGCCAUGGCUUAACCCCCCCCAAAAAGCCUCAAGGCAGCAUCAUUAUUACAGCCUUUUGCACCAGAAGUAUCUAGUGGCAGGGCACCAACAGGAGGCCAGAGGGGCUCUGGGCUGCCAGAGUAACUGCCCAAGCACGUUUGCCAGUGGGAAAUGUGGCCCUGAUCAAUGGUAGAAGUUUCUACAACAACCAAGGUGGGUGGGAUUGGUUUCCCCUCCAUGCUCUGCUGCUUGAAUGAGAAGUGUGGGAGGCUGCUCUCCCCCUAGAGAGUCCAUUUUCUCUCUAGAUCUCUCACUCUCACUUACUCUCUCACUCUUUCAUUCUAUCCCUCACUCACUUUCGUUCUCUCACUCACUCUCACUUUCCCU